AUGAGGACGGAGACCGACUCGCUAGUACACACGCCCCGGCUCGGUCUGCAACGUCGGCAGGUGCAAUGUCGCAAGAAGGACGGACAAUUUGUAGAAGCCAUGUACUGCGGUCCAGUGCUAGCAGAGAUAGGCACAGCUCGCGUGUGUGUGAUCCGAGAAGAUUGUGUGCUAGCUGAAUGGUUGCCAUGGAGACCACGACCUGAUGGCGCCCUAGUGCGAACUCGAAGACUGAAACGAUUACCGCAAGGUGGAGGCAAGGAAUGCGAUGUGGUGGAAGAAGUGAGGCCUGCAGCAUUGGAAGCCAGCGCUCACUGGACACCAGGCCCCUGGGGGCAGUGCAAGGUGGCCAUCGAGAUUGGACGCUCCAUGCUUCAAGCAGUGAACACCGACGAUGACGAUGAUGCUGAUGACAAUGACGGGAUCUACGAUGAUGACGACGAUGAUGAAGAUGACGAUGAUGGAAGAACGGCGCGUGAUGCGGGUUGCGGAGGAGGGGUGCAACGCAGGGACGCAACCUGCGUACGCGCAGAUGGGCGUGCUCUACACCCUGCGCAGUGUGCACAUGCGCCUAUGCCUACCCUUGUACAACCUUGUGAGGUAAAGUACCUUGUCCACGUGAUUGUGAAGUUGGGGAAUGGGGAGAGUGGGGGGCAUGCCAACCCACUGACGGUUGUCCUCUGUUCCCUGUACAACAACUCACCACUACUGUGUUCGACGGCGACGAGUGAUCUCUGCUGCUUCGGGAGGCGGAGCACCGUGUCCUCCUCUAGAAGAGAAGAGGACAUGCAGCACUCCUCGCUGCGCUUCCUGGAAGGCGUUGCCUUGGGGACCUUGUGUGCUAAACCAGCCUCACACCACCUGUGGGCCUGGCAAGAGAAGCCGGGAGUUAAGAUGCGUUGGACACGACGGGUCUCGCUAAAAGUCGAGCAAAACUGGACCGACAUGGCUUAUGAUAAUCGUGAAAUGUUCCUGGAUACAGGGAAGAAGGAAGCUCAACGCGCUUGGUGCAGUGGCACGGGCGCUCCCCCUCGCAGUGAGAGAUGCCGCAUCGCGUGUGCUGGGGACUGCGUGGUAUCGUCCUGGGGAGCUUGGAGCCACUGCUCGGCUCCGUGCGCUGCGGCCACCCAUUCACGACCUUCCAGGACCAGGCGACGACACAUACUGGCUCACUCUGCUCCUAACGGCUGGCCAUGCCCCGCAGAAGACCAGUUGAUUCAGAACGAGACGUGUAACACUCACGCAUGCGCCACGUACUCCUGGCUGGCGACACCGUGGGGGCCUUGCGAGAGACGGCGACAGGACUUCAUUCCCGUCAAUAACUAUACUGACUUACUGGACGGAGAGACAUACAACGAGAGUGAUGAAGACGAGCCGUGCAUUGAAGAAGGAGAGAUGGUGCGCGACGUGAUGUGUGUACAGAACAAUGCUGAUGUCGUGCGGGAAGCUCUUUGUGCACCUCUGCGUCGCCCGGCAUCACGCCGCGCGUGUACGGUGCGUUGCCGCCGCGGCUGCAGAGUCGAGGCUUGGAUGCCGUGGUCGCCCUGCCCUAAUACUUGUGAGCCAGGCAAGCAGGUCCGCGUGCGUGUAGUCCACGGCGGUCCCAGCUGUGGGUCGCGCAUGGAGACCCGCGACUGUCCCGUGUCGCGCACAUGUCGCGCGCGCGACGCCACCUGGGUCGCCGGCGACUGGAGCACGUGUCGCCUGCCGCCCAUGCAGCGCUGCGGAGUUGGAUUCAGAGUUAGGAGCAUCUGGUGUGGGUCGGAGUCUCACCGCGUGGAGGCGGGCGCAUGCGCCGGCCAGCUCAUCCCGCGCAGCGUGGCCGCCUGCCACGUCACCUGCGAACAUAUCACGCCACUUACAUGCGACGUCAUAUGCUCUGAUCCACUCAAAUACCUGGACGCGUCUGAUCCUGAUGUUCCAAACUGCGUUUGUAAGAACGUUUCCUUGGAGCUGUUACCCAUCGACUCUGACUGCAUCCUUCCAUCUGGAAUGGAGUGCGGUGAGGGCAGAUCUCUCCGCGCUGCCAGGUGCAUGGUGGGAGGAAGGGAUGUACCCAUGGAUGUUUGCAAGAAGUAUCAUCCACUCACUGGCCCAAGUCGAGUCCGCGAGGCGUCGACGGACGGCUACCUGUACGACGUGGAGUUCCCGGCGCUGCUGCGCGGCGCCUGCAGCGUGCGCUGCGCGCGCGACUGUGCGCUCGGCGAAUGGGGGGAGUGGGGGCCUUGCGCGUCCGAACCUGGCUCUAGGGCUGCUUUCCGAUUCCGUACCAGGGAGGUGAUAGAGGAAGGUUCUGGCGGAGGUCGCGAGUGCGGCGCGACGCUGCAGCGCGCGACGUGCGCGGUGUCGGAGCCGCGCUGGGCGCUCGGCGACUGGAGUGUCUGCGCACCGCCGCGCGCGCUCUGCGGACGCGCGCUCAUCAACAGGACCGUCACGAAUAAGUGCGGAACUGCACAAACUGGACCAAACAUCCUGCUGCGUCCUGCAGUACCAACGACGCAGUUGUACGUGUCCCGUCUACAUCACACCACGACAGUGGAGCAGAUCGUGGAGUGUGUCCGAUCCAAGACCAACUGGACCUUGAGGGUGGCGAAGUUGGAGUCGCGACACAAUACGAACUUUAAUUCGUUCAUGGUGCGAGUUCCAACUUAUCACGUCAAGACAUUCUUCAAGGAAGAGUUUUGGCCGAAGGGUGUCGUAUAUCGGAGAUGCGUGGACUCAGAUGGCGUAGAGCUAGACCCCACGACGUGCGAGGCGGCGGGCGCCGGGCCGGCCCCCACGCGGGACGCGGCGUGUCGCGCGCCCUGCCCUAAUGACUGCGUCGUCAGCUCCUGGUCAGAAUGGAGCCCUUGCGAACAGACAAAAUGGGGAGGUCGUCGUGAUCGUACCCGCGUGGUACUUCGCCCCGCUGACGACGGAGGCUCUCCUUGCCCACACCUGGUCGGGGCGGAGCCCUGCUCUCCUCACGCGUACACCUGGCACGUCGCACCUUGGGAUGACUGUCAGCCCUUGGGGGGAUCGCCAUGUGGGGAAGGAACAAAGAAAAGAGCCGUCAGGUGUCUGCGAAGUGAUGGCGUUUUUGUCAACGAUUCCUUCUGCCCUAACACGACAACAACCGAAGCCAAGGAGUCAUGGUGCUACGUGCCAUGCGGAGUGGACUGUGAGCUGAGUGAGUGGGGGGCCUGGGACACCUCGGCCUGCUCCUGCGGGGACGCUAACACUGCCAGCCAUAUGCGACGGACCAGACAACACCUGACGGCGGCAGUAUGGCCGGGCCGCGCGUGUCCCCCCACGGAGCAGCGCGCGCCGUGCCCGCGCGAGCCCUGCCUCAAGCUGGUGGCGCGGCCCACGCUCGGGUGCCACGUACAGGUACUUAAUGAGACGGCUACGGGCCUGGACACGGUGGGCGCGUGUGGGUUCGGAGUGAAGGUGUCGCACGUGCGCUGCGAGCUGGCGAGCGCGGCCGACGACUCGGCCGACCUGUACCUGCAGCCCUGGCGCUGCGCCGCCGUGCUGCCCGGCAGGAUCGUCGCGCCACCCAUGCAUUACCAGGAGGACGAAAUCUGCGAGGUGGAGUGUGGAUGCAAGCAGUCGGAGUCUGGCCAACCUGGUCCAUGGGGCUCGUGGGGUCCGUGUCGAGGUGGGGCCCGCUCCCGUACUAGACAGCUUCUUGUACCAGCUCGGCGAGCUUGCAGUACUCCUGCCAGAUUCGUGACAAUUGAAUGGGCCAACUGCACGGGUGAGCUGGACGAGAUCCCCGACCUGCUGGCCGUGGAGCCGCGCGAGGAGAAACCGCGCCGCGUGCCCGCCGGCCAGGACAUCUACCAUGACGGAUAUAUCGAGGGCAGCACCUCAGUGCUGGCGGUGGUGUGGACCGCCACCAUCGUGCUCAGUCUGUACGGAGCUUACAUGUUGUACCGCGGCUUUAUGAGAUGCCUGAGGAGUAGAAAGCUGAAGACGAUCACCAAAGUGUAA